GGCGUAGACUCUGUUGUAGCAGCAAGUGUUGGUGUCGAAUCUGAGUUUGGUAUUGGUGCUGACGUCGGCACUGGGACUGACUCCAUAUCUACACCAGGCGGACCGUCCAUGUACACUUGA